AUGACAGAAAUCCGUCCGCUCAAUGGUUUUGAACUUCCUGUGUAUUAUGUGUCCGGCCAUUUUUAUUGGUAUAAAUUAGACGACAAAUGGCUAAUAGAUAAUGUUGAUCUUUAUAUUACAAAAGUUCCAUUUGAAGAAACAAAAGAAAUUGAAGCGGCUGACUACAAUUUGCCACAAGAAGGUGUUCCACUGUUUCACGUUGAAUACUCAGAAAAUGGCGCAACAAGUCGUUUAAAGUUGUAUGCAAACCACUUACUAUGCGACAGGCGCACCAUUGCAAAUUUAUAUCAACCCUUCACGACGACGAACUUCCUCCAUUUGACUAUAAAAAUCUAUAAACCAUCAAUGAAGAUGUUUUACACUAAAAUCCCGUUUCUUGGGAUAUCCCACACGUUUCCGUUGUUCCUCCAAUAA